AUGUCGGCCUCCGAGCCUCGAGGCCCGACCCCUCAGCAAGGAGGGCAGCACGCUGCAGGCCUCCACCAGGAGGGCGGCAUUUCUCCCUCUGGUACACAAGCCUCUUCAGCGUUCUCAGGAGGCACGCGUGAUGAUGGCUCGACCCCUUCUAUGCUCAGAAAUGUUGCCAUCCUGACCAGCUCCAAGUUGGUCAAUCAGCCGGGACCAGUGGAUGACUCUCCUGGCUCGUAUCCAAUGGACAAGCUACUCGCCAAGCUCACGGAGCAGCAAGCCGUUCUCAACCAACAGAAUGAGGCGUUGAGGUCCGCCGAAGACGAUAAAAUUACCAGGGUUCAUGCAAGGACAGUCGAGCAUGCGUCGUCGAGCAACUCGUUGCCCAUCACCCCAGCUUCCGAUGUCUUUCCCGCGGCUACCCCUAGCACCCGUCCUGCUAGCGCUGCUAUUGAGGACUCUCGUCCCGAUACCGAUGAAGUUCUGAGACUGAAGCUCCAGCUGGCCCAAGCACAGAACCGAAUUUCAAAGCUGGACCAGGAGCUGGCCAAAACCAAGUCAUUCAAGGCGGAAACCGAUCCUCAAAGCUUCACAGUCCCGCGAGGCAUGCCAUUGGUAUCCCGAGAACCAACCUGGGCACCGGCAGACGAUUCACAGUCUGAUACCAGCGACGCCAUGUCCGCCACUGCCCUCAAUCGAAACCGCGGCAUCUGGGGCCCGUCGAAGGGAGGUUUUCCCAACAGCAACACCUUCCAACCCCCUGCCAGUGAGCCAUCCGCUGCAAACUGGUUUGGUGGCCGAGGCUACGGCCAGCCCUUUGGAGAGUCAAACGAAUCGUAUCCUGUCAUGGACAGCUUUCGAGCUGACCGGGCUGCGCCGGACCCGGUGCAGAUGAUGCGCGCCCCGGCUGGUCGUCGUGGUGGCCGCUACGACCAUCGGUUGAGUGCGCCGAAUCAAUACACAGGUGGCUUCGGAGCGAUGCCCGGACCAGUGAACCAGAUUGAUCCAAUGGCUACUCAGAUGCCCAUGAAUGCCCCUCCGGGACUUGGCCCCAUGGGAAUGGGGAUGUAUUCACCAUAUCAGCAGCAACCGAUCGGAACGCCCUUGUCCCCCCACGCUUCUGAAUUCACCUCGAAAGCGGUCUGGAAAAAUGAGGCUGUACCUGCUGAAGGGCCAACUUACCUUCCCGCGACGGAACCUCUGAAUUAUCGCCGGCUCCUUGAUAAAAACGUCAGUGCUAAUUGGAAGUAUAUCGUGGACAAGAUAGUCUGCAACAACGAUCAGCAGGCAUCCAUCUUCCUCCAGCAGAAGCUCAAGGUUGGCAGCCCUGAGCAAAAGUACGAGAUUGUUGAGGCAAUCGUGGCGCAGGCGUACCCCCUCAUGGUCAAUCGCUUCGGUAACUUCCUGGUUCAACGCUGCUUUGAGCAUGGAACUCCGGAGCAGGUGAUCAAGAUCGCCGAUGCCAUCCGAGGAAACACUCUGAACCUUUCCAUGGACCCCUUUGGGUGCCACGUGGUCCAGAAGGCCUUUGACUCCGUACCCGAAGACUACAAGGCAAUCAUGGUACAUGAGCUUCUCCGCCGCAUCCCAGAGACUGUCAUCCAUCGAUAUGCUUGCCAUGUGUGGCAGAAACUAUUUGAGCUCCGUUGGACUGAGACGCCGCCUCAGAUCAUGAAGUAUGUCAACGAAGCCCUGAGGGGCAUGUGGCACGAGGUUGCCCUUGGAGAGACGGGCAGCUUGGUUGUCCAGAAUAUUUUUGAGAAUUGCCUCGAAGAGGACAAGCGCCCCUGCAUCGAAGAAGUGCUCGCAAACAUUGACAUCGUCGCCCAUGGCCAAUUUGGAAACUGGUGCAUCCAGCACAUCUGCGAGCACGGCGCGCCCCCUGACCGUAGCCGAGCCAUCGAUCAUGUCAUACGCUACGCUGCGGAGUACAGCACCGAUCAAUUCGCUUCAAAGGUGGUCGAGAAGUGCCUCAAGAUCGGCGGCACGGACUUUCUCGGCAGAUAUCUGGACCGGGUGUGCGAAGGCCGCCGCGAUCGAACCCGGAUCCCUCUGAUCGAUAUCGCAAGCGAUCAGUACGGAAACUACCUCAUCCAGUGGAUUCUCAACAACGCCACCCCACAGCACCGCGAGAUGGUGGCUGCCCACAUUCGCAAGCACAUGGUAUCCCUUCGGGGCUCUAAGUUUGGCUCGCGAGUCGGCAUGCUGUGCACCAACCAUGCGGUGACCACUCGACCUGGACCCGGGGUCGGACCCGGUAUGGGCAGCCGCAUGGGCCCCGGACCUCGGUUUGGGGGCGCGUAUCGUUAA